UUUCUUAUAUAAAUCAUUCCCCGGAGUCCUAUGUUUACCACAAACUCACUCACAUUUUCUCACCCUCCUCCGCCGCCAUCGCCGCCGUCUUCUUUCCAGAACUUCAAGAGACUAGAGGAGGAGAAAAUGAGCAGAAGAAGCAGUGGAAGUGUUCCAAAGCUUGAUUUGAAAUUGAACCUGUCGCCGCCGCGGCAACAUCCUUUGGGUUCAUCGCCGAGCCGAUCAGCGACUUUGUCGCCCACAUCGCCACCGAGCUCUUGCGUGUCGUUGGAACUAAACCAGGACGACAGCAGUGCCGCUCUCCGAUACUCCAGCAGUCCAGAAGCGACAUCGAUGGUGCUGGUCGGCUGCCCUCGGUGCCUGAUGUACGUGAUGCUGUCGGAGAAUGAACCCAAAUGCCCAAAAUGCAAGAGCUCUGUUUUGCUCGAUUUCCUCCAUGACGGCGCCGCUUCAGGUCCUCCGUCGACGGCGGCCGCCAGAAAGAUCUAAAGAAAAUCACCCAAAUCUAAACUGUCUUCAACUUCCAUUUGGCUGUUAAAUGUUCUUUUUUAUAAUUAUUUUAGAUGUGAAAUUGAAAAGAAAAUGGCGUAGCUUUUUGUUGAGA